AUGUCCGGAGCGUCUGGAGGGAGAUCCCAUCGAGCAACUUCGUCCACGGUAGAUUCAAACCUGAGUCUACACCGGAGAACGUCUUCUGUCUCCAAACCAACCGGCCACGGCCUCGAUAUUGAGAACAUCCCGCUGGAACCCAUGAAGGGCUCCGCUCCCAUCGCCACAAUGACACAAAGCCAGAGAUCGAGAUACCUGAAAACAGGUGGAAUACUCGCGUUCAUACUGUUCAUAAUAUAUGUCCUCACCCCUUCGUCACGGACGCCGCACGCUCCUGCUCCUGGACCAGACUCGUCGAUGAAAUGCACGAAGCCCCACGAUUCUUCUAAACCUCUUAUCCAAUAUGUCUUGAUGAUCGAUGCCGGCAGCACGGGGUCGAGGAUCCAUGUCUACCGCUUCAAUAACUGCGGCCCAACUCCAGCACUGGAAAACGAGGAGUUUAAGAUGACUGAGGCGAAAGAGGGCGGCUCUGGACUCAGCUCAUACCGUGAAGACGCCGAGGGUGCAGCUAAGAGUCUUGACCCCUUGAUGGAGGUUGCCAUGAAGACCGUUCCGGAAGAAUAUAGGUCUUGUUCCCCUGUUGCUGUCAAGGCUACCGCAGGUUUACGAAUGUUGGGUAAGGAUAUGAGCGACAAUAUCCUCAAAGCCGUCAGAGCUCGGCUGGAGACAGUAUACCCAUUCCCGGUCGUCUCGGAGGCUCAAGGCGGUGUUGAAAUUAUGGAAGGCAAGGACGAGGGUGUCUAUGCCUGGAUUACAACCAACUACUUGCUUGGAAACAUUGGUUCUCCGGAAGAGAUCCCAACUGCUGCCAUCUUCGACCUGGGAGGCGGCUCUACCCAGAUCGUUUUCCAGCCAACCUAUAACGGCAAAGGACUCGACGGCCUCCCAGACAAGAUGCCAGAAGGUGACCACAAGUACGCCCUUAAAUUCGGUGGCAGAGACUUUAUACUCUACCAGCACUCCCAUCUUGGAUACGGCCUGAUGGCUGCUAGAGCUGCUAUCCACCGUCACCUCAUCGAGACCAAGCAUGAGCUCAGCCCCAACGACAAGGGCUGGCUCAAGCAAAAGGUUGUGAACCCAUGUAUCGUUCCUGGAAUGGCCCGCAAUGUCACCAUUAACUUGGGUGAUAACCAUGCCUUAGGGAAGGAAGUUGAGGUACUUAUGGUUGGCCCUAAGGAAUCGUCAGCUGCCCAAUGCCGGAACCUUGCGGAGAAGAUCCUCAAGAAAGAUGCAACCUGCGACCUUGCCCCGUGUUCUUUCAACGGAAUUCACCAGCCUUCCCUUCGCAAGACUUUUGCUAAAGAGGAUGUCUUCAUCUUCUCUUACUUCUAUGACCGCACAUCUCCCCUUGGAAUGCCUGAUUCAUUCACUCUCCAUGACCUUCAUGAAUUGACUUCAAUCGUCUGUGGUGGCGAGGAUAGCUGGGGAGUUUUCCAAUCUAACAGCACUGCCAUGAAGGAGCUAAGCGAUCGUCCUGAGUACUGCUUGGACCUUAACUUCAUGCUCGCUCUCCUACACACUGGAUACGAGAUGCCUCUUCAAAGAGAAGUCAAGACGGCAAAGAAGAUUGACGGAAACGAGCUCGGAUGGUGUCUCGGUGCAAGUCUUCCCCUUCUAAGCAAGACUUCCGGAUGGGAAUGCCGCAUUAAGCAGAUUUCUUAA